AUGGCUUCUUCGGAACCGAGCUUGGGGCACCCGCUGCCGUCGCGAGCCUCCGGACUGCGAAGGAACAGACAGAGCGUACCCGGGGACUCUGGGAGCGCACAAGUUGCAGGGCUGGGGCGGGCUGGCCACAGCCCCUGGCCUGCCUCAGAGCUCCGCCUCCGCCCUCCCAAUCUGCCCGGGAAAAUGGAUUCCACGUUACAGAAGGAACUCACCUGUGUCAUCUGCUUAAGCUACUUUACAGACCCGGUCACCAUAGGUUGUGGGCACAGCUUCUGCAGGGCGUGUCUCUGCCUUUCCUGGGGAGAAGGAAAAACUCCUGCCUCUUGCCCUGUGUGCAGAGAAAUAUCCGAGCAGACAGAGUUCAAAACCAAUAUUGUUGUGAAGAAUCUAGUGUCCCUUGCCAGACAAGCCAGUCUCUCACAAUGCCUGAACUCUGAUGAACAGAUGUGUGGGGCACAUAAGGAGACAAAGACCAUCUUCUGCAACGAAAACAAGCAGUUGCUCUGUUUGCUCUGUUCUAAAUCUCAGGGGCACAAGACUCACAGGCAUUGUUCCAUAGGAUGUGCUGUUGAGGAAUACCGGGAGAAACUGUUAAAGCAAAUUAAAUCAUUGUGGGAAAAGAUCCAAGAAAAUCAGGAAAAUCUGAAUAUGGAGACUAAGAAAUCUAUGUCCUUACAGAAUUUUGUGUUCCUGUGGACAUACAUAAUCAGUUCUGAGUAUCAGAAGUUGCACCCAGCUCUCUGUGAGGAAGAAAAGCAACAUUUAGAGGGACUGGAAAGUGAAGGCAAAAGUAUUUUCCAACAACUCAAGAAAAGUGAAGCCACAAUGGUUCAAAAGGGGAAGCAUCUAAGAGAAAUGUAUGAAGAGCUGAUAAAUAUGUGCCAUAAACCAGAUGUGGAACUACUUCAGGAUUUGGAAGACUUAUUGACAAGGAGUGAGUCCAUGCAACUGCACAUGCCCCAGCCUGUGAACCUAGCACUCAGUGCAAGGCCCAUCACUGGACUGAUUGACAGGUUCAACCAAUUCCGAGUGGAAGUUUCCUUCAAUUAUGAAAUGAUCAAUCAGAAUAUCAUGCUGUUUGAUGCUGUGAAAAGACGGAAGUUUAGACAUGGAAGAUCUAACUACUUGGUUGCAUGGGGAACCCAGGCUUUCACCUCUGGAAAACAUUACUGGGAAAUAGAAGUGGACUACUCUUGGGAUUGGGCUGUAGGGCUAUGUAGCAAGGAUUCUUGGAUAAGAAAGAACUAUUCAGUGAUCAAGUCUCAGGACAUAUUUCUUCUUUUAUGCUUGAAGGAGGGUAGUCGUUACAAUCCUUUGACUACCUCUCCAAUAAUUUUUCAUUGUGUAGAGAAACCUGUGGGGCGGGUUGGUGUCUUUGUUGAUUUUGACAAACAAAGUGUGAGUUUUGUUAAUGUUGCCAAAAGUUCCCUCAUAUGGAGGUACCCGGCUUGCUCCUUCAGUUACCCACUCAGGCCAUUCUUUUGCACUGACCAAACAUGA